GUUUUCUUAAAGGUUGGUUUCUUCCUGAUGUCCCACCCGACUGCGCGAGAUUUACUAACUUAUACCUCUCUUAGUUCAUCGCGAGUGUCACCCCGGGUAUCGAACAUGACUUCACGAUGGCUGUGUGAGGGUGACGAGAGGAGGAGUGGAAUUUACCAGGCCAGAUAUGCGGUAGGGCUGUUUUAGAAUGCGUAAACAAAGACCAUAGCACUUAUUCAGUGGCCGAAGACAAAAAAUAACUCUUUGUGAUUUGUUAUCACAAACCUUCAUCCCUAUGCUAUGCUGUUAUUUCCCAUCUCCUAUUCCUUUUUGUCCAUACUUCCCCUACUCUCCCAGUCAGACAGCUUUAGCAAUCUCCUUGUCGAUUCGGAGACAAUAACGGCAAAACCCCAGUGCCACCGGGCUAUGCAGGCCGGCUCUCUCCGUCUUCCCCCCGUUUCUCUCCGGUGCCACGCCCGCCAAACCACGAGGCGUACACAAGCAGUUCCCACGUUACAGACGGUGCAUACAAAGGAUAUGUGCUCUAGCAUCGACGACCUCAUCAUAAUUGAAGCUAAGCGGUUUGCUGAGCAGUAACCUGCUUAGCUUCAGCGCCUACCUUAGGCUGUCGGGGCUCACAUGUAUUGUCACGUAGGGGCUGACACAUGUACUCUGUAUAGGUCCCUGCACUCUUACUUUUCCGCUAUCAGGUUCCCUCAGAAUCAAAAGAGCUUGUCUUCGCGGGCAGGGGUUCCGGGCCGCCAAAAAUCUUGGGACAGUUGGGGCAUGAAAAGGACCAGCU